AUGAACAUAAUUUCCGUUGUAAAUCUGCUGAAUAUACAGCGAAAAAAUCGUGGACGUGAUGGAAGCGAGAGUUCUGAUGAAUUCUCAUUCUCAAUAUGUAUUUUGUUGGGGCUCCUUCUGGAAUGUAAUUUGAAUUCAUCAUCGAAACUUGAAUUUGAUAAGGUGUUAUUGCUAUCAAACUCACUGUUUUUCGCUCAGAAAUGCACGAAUAAAAUUGUUUAUAGUGGUACAGCGUUGCACCACGCAGUACAAAUGGGCAAUACGAUUAUGACGAGAACAUUACUAGAAUGUCGUAUGGUAUGGGUCGAUGAAGAAGAUAGUAAAGGUCGUACAGCGCUUCAUUAUGCAGUUCAACAAAACAAUACCGAGCUAACCUCAUUGCUGCUAACGAAUCGUGCUAAUGUGGACGCACUCGAUUAUUGCGGAUGCUCUGCGGCACAUUUUGCAUGCAAAGAAGGCAUGAUUGAUGCGGUGAAUUUACUGACUUACUAUAAGGCGGAUCUAUGCGCUGUGGACAAGUACGGGCGAACGCCGUUCGAUUUAGCUUGUGAAUAUGGUAGAGGAAAGGUGCGUAUCUGGGCUGGCAUAGACGCGAACGCACUGAAUGCAUACGAUCAAACGGCUGCGGACGUGAGUCGAAAAGCAUUGACAAGAAGCCCGAUUACAUCCAAAGAAAUACGUUUUCUAUUGAGAGAAUAUAGAAAUUUUGUACACGCACGAGCUGUAUACGACUUCAACGGAAUUGCAACAGACGAGUUGACAUUUUCAGUUGGUGACAAUAUAUGGGUGGUUGAUCGAGAAACAUCAAAGACACGUUGGAAAGGAAUUAUAUUUGGUGCGAAAGCACAUUCAAGAUGUGGUUUGUUCGCUGCGAGUGCAGUUGAGUUGGUUUCGGCGGGGGUGGAUGAAAGACAAACUCGUCAAGUUGCUACUAUCAACAACUUUCUCGCAGGAGAUCGAAGUUAG